UUCUCGUGGUGUAUUGCAAAAUAUUAUUCUUUUCAGUUCUAGUUCAUUAAUUCUUCGCUCUUUUAGGCUCUGCAAAUGAAAUCGUGAUGAAUAUCAUGUCGAAAUAAUGUGAAAUAUAAAUGUGUGGCAUGUGCAUUAUCAUCCUAUCCUUAAAUUACGAUAUUUGAAAACGACCGGCGCCAAUUCUUCGCAGGCCAUGAUAGGAAGAAGCGUGUGGAGAGGAGGAGUAGGCAGCAGCAUCACCUUCUUCCAUGGCUGGCCGUGGAGCAGAAACCCAAAUGCAGUGCGACCGAUGUACCCGAAACGAACCAUAUGUUUCCCGCUUAGUCGAAAUAUAACGCUAGUUCCGAUACGGCUAUCGGCAAGGCCAGUUGCGGGGAGAAGAUUUCCAUACACAACCAAUCUUGGUUAUAAACUUAUGCUGCAUCCACGCGAAGUGGAAUCGAUACCAAAUAACAUCAGCGUGCUCAAUGUUCGGAGCAUUGCAAGUGAUAAUAGCGAUAAAACGCGGACUACACGGUUGGAGCGAAAAGAAGCGCGAACAUGGCAGCAACAAAUCUCGCCUUACGCGAGGUUAAUGCGUAUCGAUAGGCCCAUCGGUUCGUGGUUACUCUUUUGGCCAUGUGGUUGGAGUAUUGCGCUUAGUGCUCCGGCAGGAUGUUGGCCGGACCCGAUGAUGCUUGGCCUAUUCGGCGUUGGAGCUUUCGUGAUGCGUGGUGCAGGCUGCACGAUAAACGAUCUAUGGGACCGUGACAUAGAUGCAAAGGUCGAACGUACACGAAACCGACCGCUCGUAUCGGGAGAGAUCGCCCCAUUCGAUGCGGUCGUGUUCCUGGCGGGCCAGCUGGGGGUAGGAUUGUUGGUGCUGCUCCAGUUAAAUUGGUACUCUAUCCUUUUAGGCGCUAGCUCCCUGGGCCUAGUCAUAGUUUAUCCUUUGAUGAAGCGUGUCACCUAUUGGCCGCAAUUGAUGCUUGGAGCUACCUUCAAUUGGGGUGCCUUGCUUGGCUGGAGCGCAACGCAAGGUUCGGUUGAGUGGUCCGCGUGUGUGCCACUUUACGUUGCCGGAGUAUGCUGGACAAUCGUGUACGAUACAAUAUACGCCCAUCAGGACAAGGUGGAUGAUUUGAUAAUAGGAAUCAAAUCAACAGCGCUACGAUUUGGAGAUAAAACGAAACUGUGGCUUAGCGGUUUUACGGCAGCCAUGAUUGGAAACCUGCUAACCGCUGGACUGGUGUGUGAUCAAACAUGGCCAUAUUAUACCUCGAUUGGACUCAUUGGAGCCCACUUAGCUCACCAGAUUCACUCUCUAAAUAUUCACAAUCCCAAGGAUUGCGCCACCAAAUUCAUUUCGAACCAUCAAGUUGGAUUCCUACUGUUCCUUGGAAUCGUCCUAGGAACGCUGUACAAAAAGAAUAGCGAAGACCGAACAAAGGGCUCGGUGACCGGUAGCAGUAGCAAUCCCAGUGGUCAGUUGAGUGCCACUGUUACCAGCGCAAGAAAUAUCGUCGUAUAAGGCGAUAGCUUUCCUGUAUACCUCGUAAGCAGCGGUCUCCACACUAUGAUUGAACCCGGUGCUCUCAUUGAACAUUUUGAUUCUGCCCAAAAGGAUGUUGAACAGUCACCAAUACAAAGGUGGUCAUAAUGUUCGGAGGGUAUUGCUAGCAAGACUUGUUUAAAUUCAAUACAGUACCAAUAUCGCAUUAAGAA